AGAAACUGCCGGGAUGAAUUUUUAUCAUCCACACAAAAAUUCGGCUUUUAUCUUUGCUCCAUUCACGAAGACCCCUGCUGACCCUGCUCGUAAAACAAACUGCGCAUCCCUGACCGAGGUCAAAGUAGCCGAAGAUGUCGGAGGAGAAGAGAUCAACACGUGGGAGAAAACGAUCUUUAACAGAUUCAGCAAGAAAACGAAACAGAACUUCAGUUGUGUCAAAAUACAAUCAAAGCAGAAUAGCUAUAGGUGGUCACUAUGAUCGUUGGAUGGAAUUAAAAGAGACGCUGCAGCUUAAAACUCAUGCCGAUGUAGCAGAGUACCUGCUUGAUCGGAAUGAAACCUUGAAGUUUGAAAGUUCUCCCAAGAAGGUUAAAACUGCAAUAAGUGCAGUGACAUCAACACCGGGACCAACAGCGACCAUUCUCCCACCCAAAUUUUCAGAUGUGUCUGAAAUAUCUUCAGAUCUAGACAAGGGGGACAGAAAUUCAGAUUUAUCUGGUGUAGAACAGUUUGUAAAAACUGAUAAGAAAACAACAGCUCCAAGCAGUUUCUUGAAUCCUUUAGAUCUCUCAAUCUGCUUAUCAGAAAACUACACCAACGAGAACUCAGAGGAUUCAUCAGAUGAAGAUUAUGAGCCUAGUUUCAUAAUGACCAUGAGGUAUGUUUUGCAAGGACACCUUGCUGCUAAGCCAAAGGACACUCAGACUGAAGCCGUGGUUGAGGACUCUGAAAAUGAGGAUAGCUCUGAUGAGGAAUCAAAUGAUGAUCUUCGCCCCGGGAUUGCCAAAAUUUUAACUCCAGAAGAGAUUGGGGGCUGUAAGGAAGACCGCCCUUUCCUUGUUUAUCUUUCACAGCUUCACACAUUAGCUGAAUUACCUGUCCUACCAAAUUGUCAGCUUAAAGGAUGCCAAAAAUCAGUGCAUUUGGAGAAAACUGUUGUUGGAUCGGCACUCUAUUUCAAAUGGGUACGUAAGAAAAUUGCCUUUUAA